GUACAGAAGCGUUGAAUAUCGAAGUCGCCAAUUGAUGUCACGGACUGCAUGAACAAUCCACUUCAUCUCCGGAGCCGGCACACCAAGCACUUAGUGGAUGAGUAAAUCACUAGACGGUGAAAUUAAGUGGGACAGAGAUGCUCCAGGUGUCAGCAGUGUAUCAUUCAGCGUGCGAAUGCAUGUACAUGUCUUGGUGGCUUGGUGAGCACACCACUAACCACUAGCCGCAGAGCAUUCUCCACCCCGCACCACGCACCAGAGCAAAGUCCCAUCAAAAACACCUAAACGGUAAGUCGCGUGUGUACACGCACGCACACACGCAUACCACACGAAUGGAAUGCAACACGCAUUACAGAUGGGCUCGGCUCACUCGAGCGGACUCGCCCUGGAUGGAUGGACACGAACACACGCAAUGUACCGCCUCUUCCCCUUUCCUCUCUCUCUCUCUCUCUCUUUCUGCCUCUUAAUACAAAGAGCCACUCUGUACACACGACGAUUGCACGAAUCGACGGAAGGCCGCCUUCCAUCCGCCUUGCAUUCAAAACAUUCAAAACUACAGGCAUACACCAACCACACAGACACCAACACAUACAUACAUCCAUACAUACAUACAUACAUGCGCCUCAUUCCCCGCUCCUUCCGUGCUGUGCAGGCUCUGCACAAGUGCACGAAAGGCACACACAUGCAUCCAUCCAUCCAUGAAUGCACGAAAACAUUACACUACGCAUCCAUGCUUAGCCAUACAUACACACACAAGCAGCAUCUCAUCUUGCCCUCGCCCGACUCGCUUCCUGCUCGUCGGCCUUCACAAACUGUAUCGCCUUGCGCAUCCAUCGCCCCUUUGUGCGUCUUGGAGCAUCUGCUCACGCUGCAGCCGAAACACCUCUGACAGGGGCGCCAUGGAGCCAUCCUUCUCGCACCGCCGCACACUCUGGGAGGCGUGGAUCGCCUCGGCAGUCGACUGCUGCGCCUUGAUGUCGCUGCGCAACAUGUAGUUCGCCUGACACAAUACAUACAUACACCACACAGUGUGCCAUGCCAUGCGUGUGUAUAUCCGUCCAUGCGCCUCUCUCUUGCAUUGACUGAGUGACUGACUGACCCAAAUGAUGCAGCUGGCACCCAUGUCGAAGAGCCGGGUGAUGUCCGUGCUCUCGUUCUCGGCGUACGUGGUGGGAAUGAGCACAAUCGGCACGGGCUCGCGCCUCCCGCCCUCGCCCUCCUUGACCCACUCCUCCAGAAACGCCUCAACCUCAUCAGAUGUCCGCUCAGUCGAAUGGAUGAUCAGCGCAUCAGCACCGGCGUCACGAUACGCCCGCGCACGCCGAAUGCACUCCGGCAGGCCCCAGCCGGCAGGCAGCGCAUCAGUCCUGGCCACGAUCUGGAAGUGGUUGCCGGGGUCGUCUUGCUGGAGGCUCUCGCGACACUCCUGCAGCAUGUCGCAGAACUCGGCUGCGUCAGCCAGGGCCUCCCUGUCCCCGUCAGCAGGCUUGAUGAGGGCAUUCCUUUUCGGGAAGGUUCGGUCCUCAAGGCACACACUGACAACAGAUGGAUUGAUGGUAUGGGUGGGUGGACACAGCAGCAGCCGGUGUGUUGUGCGUCGUGAGUGCUGCGUUAGCCCUGACCAACCCACCCUGCGAUGCGCCGCUGAUUGAGCCUGCGGACGAACUGGCUGGCAAUUUUAGAGUGGCCAUGGCCUGAGUCGCCUGUUCGUUCACCGAAAGAGGAAGGAGGAAAGAUAAGAGUGUCCUGUCCUAUCCUGUGCGAUGCGAUGCCUGGCCGCUGACUGACCGUCCACGAGGACAGGGAUUCGGACGGAGUCGGCGACGCGCCCCAUCAUGUCGGCCACCUCAGUCCAGGACAACUCAUUCGCAUCACGCACACCCAUCAAGGUGGACAGACCCAAAGAUGAACCCCAAACACCCUGUUGUGUUGCACCAUCACCCACACAGACACAGACACAAACGUCAAACACAAACACAGCAACUAACGCGAGGCUGCUUUCUGGAUUCAUUGGCACGUACCUGGAAGCCCUUCUCUUCAGCGAUUCGAGCCCACAUAGGGAUGGGCGCGUCAAUCAGGAAGCCUCGACGCCUCAGCAAGUCCCUCAGCAGCGUCCCCUUGUGCAUCUCUCCGGGUACACAUUCAUGCAAACCGCUCACACAUACAAGAUCUGUACAGGAUCUAUCAAGACAAGACCUAUACAC